AUGGAGGACACUGUUGUUUAUCAGGAGAUCGAGUCCGUAGUACAGUUGUAUUCUGAAAGACAGCAAAAGCAGUGGGGAGAUAGCUUGAACGAGGAAUCAAAAGUGGAAUUACCUGCCAGAGUGUGCUUGUACACCCGGUCAAACUCCCAGGAGGAACUAAAAACCAUCUGGAAGAAUUGGACCCCGCAACGCCGUUUGGAAUUCUCACAGUUAUAUGGCCAUAUCGGUUUCUUGUUACACAUAACGGUGAAUCUUCAGAUGGUGAAGGCAUUGGUGGACUUUUGGAAUCCUCCGUACACAUGUUUUACGAUAGAUGGAAUCAACAUGGUUCCUACAAUUGAAGAAUACUCCUCGCUACUGCAUUUGAUGACACAACGAUCACCCUACCUCACUUAUGUGCCUGAUUCUAGGAUUUCCUUAGCACGGGAGUUGUAUAACCUUGCUGGGGUCAAGAUUCAACGAACGGCAGGGGAAAGCAAAAGGAUCACUUGGAAAUGCUUGAAAGAGUUGUUGGAAGAAGAGAAAAAUGAAGGGGUUCAGAUACAUUUGUUCGCACUGGCCAUAUAUGGCCUAAUUAUAUUUCCCAAAGAACUAGGGGCCAUUGAUAGAUCUACUAUUUCUUUCGUAGCGCAAGUAAAGAAUGGGGUUAAUCCGGUUCCGGGUAUUUUGGCAGAAACCUUUCGAUCUCUUAACAAAUGCAGGAGCAAGGCUCUUCGAAUCCCCUUAGCCGAGUUCGAAGAGGCUCAGCAGAAUGUUCAAUGGAGCAAGGCUAACUGGAAUGAAAAAUUACACAAACUGAGGGAGUUGGGAUUAGUUUGGCAAGCGCCAUGGAUGAACCAUUCCAACAUGAUGUAUCGAUGUGGAAACUUCCCGUGGGUCCCGUUAUUAGGUCCAUGGGGAGGAAUAGCCUACGCUCCUUUGAUGGCAAGAAGGCAAGUGGGAGCGUCUCAGUUUGUGCCUAUGACUCAUAGAUUAGCCGACUCGGACUUCGCAUAUGAAGUAGGAGACACUCAAGAUCAAAUUAGAAAGUUCAUUGUGGCUUGGAAACAUGUGCACCUAAUAGGUCCAGGUGAUGGAAUUGCCACAGUCCAAGGAAAUUAUGAAGAAUGGCGAGAAAACCGGGUAAACCCCCAACUCAAAAGAAUCCCAGAAAUCGUUAUUGAACAUAUUAAAUCACCAAGCGCAUGCAUGCAAUUGAAGCCACAAGGGGAUCCAUGCCCAGUAGAAAAAGGAGAUGCAAGAGCAGAAGUGGGGAAUCAGCAAAAGGAGGCUCUAGUCUCUGUUUAUCGCAAAGAAAUCAAGCGACAAAGGAUUCGGUACAUACAAUCAGAAGAAGAGGUCGUGGCUCUAAGGAAGGAAAGACGAAGGCUUCGAGCAACACUUGGACAGAAAUCUCAAAUGUUAGAAGAUGCCCAUACCGAAGUUAAAAAGAAAUCGCUCUACAUACAAGAGUUGGAGAGGCAGGGGGAUGAGCAGAGAAGCAAGUAUAAUCAAGUACUGGAAAAGAUUGAGCCGUGCAUAAUGAAAGCGGACUACUGGGAGGCCAAGUUUCGGGCUUUGCAUAAAAAGUCGACACAGCAAAAUGCAGAGAUUGUGCAAUCAUGA